AGUUGCAUAGCACUUCCUCUUCUUGAUGUGACAGCCCAUAAUCUAGAACACAGUGUCUUAGUGGUUACCUUCUGUUUUGAUCUGUCCUGACAGUCACUGCAGUCUCAUUCGUCUGCACAGCUGGGACUCCUGGAAUGAGACAUCAUGAUCUUCACUUUUGCAGUGUUGUUUCAUCUUGGACUGAGUCUGGAACCCAGAAGCAUGGCGGCGGCAGAAAAAUUCCCAAAACCUACCAUCUGGGCUGAACCAGAAUCUGUGAUCACCAAGGGACUGUCUGUUGCUAUCUUCUGUUUUGGCACCCAGGAAGUCCAGAAGUACUAUCUCUAUAAAAAGGGAAGCUUAAAACCCUUGACGAUACAGACCUCACUGGAGCCUGGGAACAAGGCCAACUUUUCCAUUCCAGUUAUCACAGAAUAUCAUGCAGGACUAUACUACUGCUGCUAUCACAGCCCUUCUGGUUUGUCUGAAUGCAGUGACAUCCUAGAGCUUGUGGUCACAGGGUUCUACAGCAAACCCAACAUCUCAGCCCUGCCAAGCUCCCUGGUGACCUCAGGAGGGAAAGUCACCCUCCAGUGUAGCUCACAUCAGGGAUAUGGAAGAUACAUCCUUACUAAGGAAGGAGAACAGAAUGUGUCCUGGACUCAGGAUUCCCAGAAAGAACCCAAUGGACAUUUUGUGGCCUUGUUUCCUGUGGGGCCAGUGACUUCCAAACACAGAUGGGCCUUCAGAUGCUAUGGAUACUAUGAGAGAACCUCCCAGAUGUGGUCAAUGCCCAGUGAGACCCUGCAACUCCACCUUGCAGAUUCACACUCACAAGAUCAUACAGUGGAGAAUCUCAUCAGGAUGGCUGUGGCUGGCUUGGUUCUGGUUGUUCUUGGGAUUCUACUUUUUGAGGCACAAAACAGUCAGAGAACUCAUCAAGAUUCAGGAUGGAGGAAAUCCUGUAUGGUUUUAUUGGGGAAACUGCCUCCUGUCAGCAGAAGCAGUACCAUGCUGCCUGCGGUCCUUAGCCUGUUGUGUUCUGGAUUCUUGUUGUUGCAGAAUACAUGGGCACAAGUGGGGGUUUUUGACAAGCCCACCCUGUCUGCUUGGCCCAGUUCUCUCGUUCCCAUUGGAGAGCAUGUGACCCUGAAGUGUCUGUCCCAACUUGGGUUUGAAGUGUUCCGUUUAUUCAAAGAAAAUGAAGUCCACAACCUGGAGUUCCAAAACAUCAUAUUACGACACAGCUUUGACAUAAACCCCAUGACCAUGGCACAUGUGGGGACCUAUAGAUGUCAGAGCUUUGAACCUAAUGACCCUUAUAAAUUUUCAGAAAUCAGUGAGUCCUUGUUAAUCAUAGUUACAGGACUCUACAGAAAGCCUUCCCUCUUGGCCCUACCAGCUCCUCCAAUAAAAUCAGGAGCGAUGAUGACAUUAAAAUGCUGUUCAGAAGCCAUGUUUGAGACAUUCAUUCUGGUUGUGAACAGAAAGGAUGUAAAUGAAAGCCACUUGUAUCUUGUUGGAAAACCUUAUACUGGAGGAUUUCAAGCCAACAUCUCUCUAUCUCCUGUGACUUCAGCGCAUGCUGGGACCUACAGGUGUUACGGUUCUUCUAGUCAACAUUCCUAUGUGUGGUCAGACCCAAGUGACCCACUGGACAUGGUUGUCACAGUUCCUGAUGCCAGCAACUCUUCAUAUCAUUUUAACCUCACACAAGGUUCUGUCAUGAAGGAUUACACCCUGGAGAAUUCAAUUAGAAUGGGUGUGGCAGGGCUGGUCCUCCUGAUUCUAUUGAUAAUAUUGGCUGAGGCCUGGCGGAAUCAUAGGAGCACCGCAGGUUGAAAUGAGAGAAAAUUUUUGCCAGAACCAUGUGAACAGAUGACUUGACAAAAUAGACCUUGGAAAAAACUCCAUCUGCUGAACUGUUCCUGAGUAGAUGGGGAUUGCACUCAGGUCUGGGUCUUAGACCAUUUCUGGGAGUGCUUGGAAGAACAGCUGAAUCUCAGUAGGCAAGGAACACACCCAAAAUACUAGAUGAGCUCCUUAGGGGCACCAGACAAGAGUUCUGACAAACUUAAAUAAAUUCAAAGACA